AGGAUUAAUGUUGGGGCCAAUAUUAGUUUUAUGUAUGCAUCGGAUCAUUCACUCUUCAGUAUCUCUCUACAAGCUAAGGAGAUUCACACUUUAAUAUACCAUAGGAUAUAUCAUUUUAUAGGUUUUGUUAAUUUGCUGUUGUUAUAUAUAUAGGUAACACUUAGAGUCAAUAUAGCUUAUCAUCAAUUUCCAUUUCAUGUAGGUUUAAUUUUUCAUUUCUUUGUAUAUGACUGCAAUGAAUUGAAAUUUUUUAUCCCAAUUUGGAUUUCAAAUUUUCAAAAAUAUAUAUAUAUAUAUAUAUAUAUUGAAGAAGGAGAAGAGGGGUUGAGCUCUGAAGAACAGGCAAUGGAUGAAAAGGAAGACAUCUCAGGAUCUAUUACAGUCAUAUCUGACGACAGGAUCGAUAGCUUGUGCCCGAUUAUUUUCGGCGUAUCUUGUGCAUUUUUCGCGCUGAGGCUGCUCAAGAAGCUCGAAUGCACGCAGAAACACGUCGUAGAAUUGAAGAAAAGAAGAACCGAGGAAGCGAAAGCUAAUGCAAAAGUCGUAAGCAUUUUCGCCGCGCGAGAACAGAGCUGGUUCGAUGAAAGAAGGCAGCUCCGGCAGCAAAUCGAUGCUCUUGUAAACGAGGUUAAACUUGUCCAAACGAAUCGCGAUGAAUGUGUUAAUGAAUUGCAGAUGAAGAAGAAUCUGAUCGAAGAAAUGGAUAAUAGAAGGCGCGAAGCUGAGGAAAAGGCCGAAGAUCUUUCCGAGGAGCUGAAACUUUAUGUAUCGAAUCAUCAUGGCGUCGAAACGGAGAUCGAGCGGGCGAUUAGGCAAGUCGAAGCAGCGAAACGGGAGGUUGAAUCGGCAAAAAAAAUGCUUUCGAUGGAUCUCGUUAGAAUUCGCAAGGAUUUGGAUCGGAAAGAUUGGAUUUUUUCAGCUCUUCUGAGGAAAUCAAAGGCGGACCGAAUGUUUUUACAGGGAGUGUAUUCGACAGCGACGGAGAACGGAAGGCGUUCGAUUAAAAACACGACGCCGAAGUUCGAAGGGUUCCGGUGCCGGGUGACGAGAAUGGAGCUCGAAUCGAAGAGGUUUCGGGAACGUAUCAAAGGGCUGGAUCCCGACGUCGAUUUGCUCAGGCGAGAUAAAAAACGGGUCUCCAGACGUAAAACGAGAGACCCAGAUACAACACAUGAUAUAGUCUUCACGAUCGAAUCUCCGAUCAAGGAGAUAAAAGCAGGGACGACGAGCAAUUCUGCAUCGAACAUGGACAUCCAUUCGCUCGGGGUGUCGUACAAGAUCAAGAGGCUCAAGCAGCAGUUGUCCAUACUCGGAGCGAACUCGUCGAGCAUCGAAAAACAGGUCGAUCGGUAUGAGUCGAUCCAGAGCAAGAUGGAUGGCCUAUACAGGAGAAUGCAUGUCGACGACGACGACGGCGGCGGCCGCGCAAUAGGGAUGGAGCAGUUUUUGGAAGAGACAUUUGAAGUGCAGAGGUACAUAGUUAGUACAGGGCAAAAGCUACAAGAAUUGCAAGGUGAGAUUGCAUCUGGUUUCCCAGACAUGAAGCAGUUCGGCGAUAGCAUUAGUGGUCUUGUGCGAGAAGUUCAGAGAGGGCUGGAGCUUCAGGUAUCAAGAAUUAUUCGAGAUCUUCUGUACUGAAUUUUAUAAUUGAAAUAAAGACUGACAAAAUACGAUAUAAUCUAAACAAAAUACACAUGUUACUAUUGAUUGCAGCACCGUAAUCAUCCUCAGGUCAAAUCCUCCAAACCCCACUUCUAAUAACCUUAUGUAAGGAUAUUUGUAGUGUUAAACAGAAAAUACAAUUAUUAAAAUAAAAAAAUAAAAAUAAAUAAUGGAUACUUUUUACAAGACAAACCAAAAUAGAAAAAU